GUGAGCUGGAGGUAACAGUGUGCGCGAGAGAGCCCGAGUGCAAGGGAAGCCUUAUCACGGAGGCACGGCUAAAGACUACAUUUCCAAAAUGCCGAAUAAAACUAAAAAAGAGAAGGAACCAAGCAAAUCAGUAAAAAGCAGCACGAAAAACAGUAAUGCCGGUGGUGGAAAGGAUGCUGGAACUGACAAUUCAGAAGAGGCCCAGCAGACAGCCAGCAAGCGUCCGAGCAACAGCACUCCACCUCCCACUCAGCUCAACAAAAUUAAGUACUCAGGUGGGCCUCAGAUUGUAAAGAAGGAGCGUCGGCAGAGUUCGUCACGAUUCAACCUCAGCAAGAACCGGGAACUGCAGAAGCUUCCCACCAUCAAAGAUGCCCCGCCCUUGGAUCGAGAAGAACUGUUUGUCCAGAAACUGCGGCAGUGCUGUGUGCUUUUUGAUUUUGUGACUGAUCCACUAAGUGAUCUCAAGUACAAGGAGGUGAAGAGAGCCGGCCUUAAUGAAAUGGUGGAGUACAUCACACACAACCGUGAGGUGGUCACAGAGUCCAUCUACCCCGAAGCUGUCAUCAUGUUUUCUGUAAACUUGUUCAGGACUCUUCCGCCCUCUUCCAAUCCUACGGGAGCAGAGUUUGACCCUGAAGAGGAUGAGCCCACUCUGGAGGCCGCUUGGCCCCACCUGCAGCUGGUUUAUGAAUUCUUCUUGAGAUUCCUUGAGUCACCUGACUUCCAGCCCAAUGUUGCCAAAAAAUACAUCGACCAAAAGUUUGUAAUGUCGCUUCUGGAGCUUUUUGACAGUGAAGACCCCAGAGAGCGGGACUUCCUAAAAACCAUCCUGCACAGGAUCUAUGGAAAGUUCCUGGGGCUGAGAGCCUACGUCCGUCGGCAGAUCAACAAUAUAUUCUACAGGUUUAUAUACGAGACGGAGCAUCACAAUGGGAUUGCAGAGCUCUUAGAAAUCUUAGGAAGCAUAAUUAAUGGCUUUGCCCUGCCGCUGAAAGAGGAGCACAAAAUGUUCCUCAUCAGAGUGCUUCUGCCUUUACACAAAGUCAAGUCUCUCAGCGUCUAUCACCCACAGCUGGCCUACUGUGUGGUGCAGUUUUUGGAAAAGGACAGCAGCCUCACUGAACCUGUGAUUAUGGGCCUGCUGAAGUUCUGGCCUAAGACACACAGUCCCAAGGAGGUGAUGUUUCUGAAUGAACUGGAGGAAAUCCUGGAUGUCAUUGAGCCCUCAGAGUUUGUUAAAGUCAUGGAGCCUCUGUUUAGACAGCUGGCCAAGUGUGUAUCAAGUCCACACUUCCAGGUUGCUGAAAGAGCAUUAUAUUACUGGAACAAUGAGUACAUCAUGAGCCUGAUCAGCGACAAUGCUGCUAAGAUCCUCCCCAUCAUGUUUCCCGCUCUCUACAAGAACUCCAAGAGCCACUGGAACAAGACAAUCCACGGGCUUAUCUACAAUGCUCUUAAGCUCUUUAUGGAGAUGAACCAGAAGCUGUUUGAUGACUGCACUCAGCAGUACAAGGCUGAGAAGCAGAAAGAGAAGUACAAACUUAAGGAACGGGAAGAAAUGUGGCAUAAAAUUGAAGAACUAGCGAAACAGAACCCUCAGAGUACAAAGGUUCAGCUGCGGCCCGGUCUGACUCAGGAGGAGUAUAUGAUGUAUAAUGAAGGAGGGAUGCCAUUGUACUCAAUGGAGACCGAGACCCCCACAGCCGAGGACAUCCAGCUGCUGAAAAAGACUGUGGAAUCAGAAGCCUCACAGGGGAUGAAAGAAAUCAAGAAAGACAAGGUUUUGAUGAGGCGAAAGUCUGAGCUGCCGCAGGACGUCUACACUAUAAAAGCCCUGGAAUCUCACAAGCGAGCGGAGGAGUACCUGACGGCCAACCAAGAAGCCCUCUGACGCGGGAGCCCCGGCACCCUCCACCUCGCCUAAACUGCUCCUCUCGUCUUGGUCCAAAAUCGUCGCCUGCUGUAACCCACCUCUCUAUUCCUCUGCCUAUAUCCACACUCCCUCCUCCCUCACUGUUGGAAAGCCCAAGUCCAGUCCACAGAGCAGUGGAGAGCUCCCAUGCACUCUUCCUCAUCUCCCCAACUCUUUCCCCCAUCCAUAGAUGCUGAUCCGCACACUGAACAGAAGCGACCGCUGGGUUGGUAGAAAGCAGUGUGGGUUGCAAAUAAUCAAUGCUCUUGUUGUGGUCGCUUUCCUUUUCUCUCUCCACACUUUAUGUUGCCCACUUUAUGCCGUCUCCAUUUGUCCGCAUGUUCCCUAUCCCGUUUUUACCGCUGCUUGAGAGCUUCUCCUGUUUUCCCAUCACCGCCUCUGCGAAUCUGUCGUGUCUGCAAUGAAGGGGCCACACUUAACUAAAUGAAUCAUGUUACUGGAGAUGUGGAGAUGGAAACCCUGUACUGAAUUUUAGAUGGCAUGGAUGGGAGCGAUUCUUGAUGUCAUACAAAAGAACUUGUUUCUUACAAAACAAGCUUUAUGAAUUAAACAUGCAAGUUUGAGAUUUCAACUCGCAUGGGAUUGUGAAUCUGUUUCAGAUGCUUUCCUAAACAGAGACCUGGUGCUGUAAACGUUUCAGGUAGUCAUCUGAAGUCACACAUUAGGAGGCAGAGGUUGAAGAGACUGACCUAGUGAUUGUGUUAAUGAUCAUGAUCAACAACAACAUAAAAGUAAGAGAGCUUUGUGGAAACAAUCACCUCUAUAUCCACCACCAGCAGAGCGCUUGAUGAUAAAAAUGCUGUAAAAGUAGUAUACAGUCCGUUUACAGUCGCAUAAAAGAAUGUGAUCUAAACGCAUGCACCAAUGGCCUAUUGGUCCACACUCCACUUGAGUUUCGUUUUUAGACUUAUACCUCUUGAACAGAUUCCCAUGAAAUCGCAAUGUGCUUUUUUUCACCUCCUGGCUUUUGUAAGUUGUCUUGUUUUGCUUCAUAGGUUUCCGUGAUUUAUAAAAACUAGACGAGAACGAAAAGCAAACUCCCGUUAAACUUUUUAAACACGACAACCGUUCAAGAUCGGGAACUACCGUCCUGUCCAAGACUGUCUUGUUUCGUUGUUGUUUUCACUUUAAGGCACCAAAGCAAUAUUUUCUUUCCAUAUUAGAACAGUAAAGACUGAUCUAGUGUACUGAUCAAGCGCUAUACAAUCCUCCUUAUAGGACUAUAUACUUAAAGAGAAAAGAUACUCGCUUACCUGUCCAGGCUUAAUAUAUGGAAAAGCGACAGCUUGCAAUUGCGACUACUUGUGUACUGUAUAUUGUCGUGUAUAUUGCUUACGAUUGUACCCUUGCCCUUUUCUGCCCCAACUUCAUCUUUUCUUUAGUUCUGUUUGCUUGUAUGACUUCAUUCUGAUGCAUGAUGUCCCCUCUCUGUUGUAAAGGUCUGUCCCGUGAAGUGUCACUUUGAUCAUUCCAAUAGUGAGGGAACAUUUACUCCUCCUACGGGCUGCUGGACAAUUCAAGCUGCUACACUUUUGUCGAAAUGUUUCGACUCGUGCUAUCACAGCCUAUAGUGUGCAGUGCAGAGGUGAAGUCUUUAAAUCAUUAGCCGUUUGAAGUGUCGUUACAUCACCUCAGCCUAUCAGUGUACGGGAAUGCCUUGUCCAUGCAAUCAAGAGCAUGAAUUGCCAACCUAGCUGCCUCUAAAUAGACCAAAACAUUCCAGAAACAAUCAGAGGCAACUUCACUCUUGAACGCAGCAUGAUUCCUGCCUCGAUGCAGCUUGACAGGCGAACGGGGCUCGUGUUCAGCUCGUCCGGCAGCAGCAACAAACCGAGGGAAAUUAAGAAAGUAUGGGUCUCUCCACACUCGCCCUUUCCCAGCCCUCCUUCCCCGAGUCUGACACUAAUCUUAAGCUGCUUUCCAGGUCAUAUGUACAUAUGUUGUACUUUAAUUAGGUUGAGCAUUACAUAGUAUGAAAGUCAUAUUUUGUACAGAUGUUCAUGUAUGUACAGAACAACAAUAAAGAAACACAAAAGACGUGACGGCCGGUUGUGUUGCUCAAGCCAUGUGAACUACGUAAAGGAUUAGUCACUCAUUGCACAUUGUCAAUCAGAUUAAUAAUCAGAUUUUUGUUUGUGACUUAAACGGCACACGACUGAGAUGCACCAUUACAUGUUUAUACCGUCAUAGAAAAGCAACCACUAAAUCUUGCCAAA